AUGCAGUUCCAUCUCCUGAAUUCGACAUCGAGCAAACCCCUCAUAGCGACAUUAGGAAGGCACAGCCUUGACUUGUGUAUGCUUGUCGCUAAUGAACUACGCAAGACGUACUUUGGAGCAUCGCUUUUACAUCAGCUAUUCUCCCAGGCACAGACUCAGAUAAGAAAUCGGCGGGCCCGGCAAGAGACAACCAAUAUAACGAACUGCGAAACGCAGACGACAUGCUUAUCGCAUGGUCCGAUGGAAGGAAGCCAGGACUUCACGGAUACAGACAUCAUAAGAAAUCUUGGCUUUGCCUUUAUAGGGUUCGAAGAUGACCUUAAUGGAGAUGAUUUUACCAUGUUUAAUUUCCCGAUCGAUUCGUCAGAGGGGACUCCUUCGAGUCAGCGCAUUAGAUGGUAUCCAGAACUACCUAUCGAAAACUGA